GCCCGCUUCAAGUUGCGGCCUACAAAUUGAACGUAGCACAACAUUAUUAUACGCGGAGGGUGUUCAGCGAUGAGAUAGUCACUUGCUACUGGAAACGACCGCCCAGACAAAUACAAGCGUGAAAUAGGGUCGCUUCCACUGCGAUCACCCAGCAUUGUCUACAUCUACAGCUAUUCCAAUCGAAGCGACACACUCCUGCAGGAGCUUUCAGAUAUACGCGUUCGCACGCCUAACCGCCAUGGACAUGCCCAGUAACUGUCCUUCAACCAGCUCGUUGGAAACCUCAAUAAAUUUAUGCAUGAUGCUGCAUCAGCUGGCUGUCAUGGUAAAUAUGCACGCGUGAUCCAAUGCCAGCGGCUGCAGAGGCCCCGCGCGCUGAGGCGACAGCAGCAUCGUAUCGCUCAAUGGACCUUCGACGAGCCUCCUGGUAUAUGGUCCUCUACGCGUUCUUAUGGACUUCGACUGCAGGUCGAUUAGCGGGGGGAGCAAAGAUUGUGAUCCUGUGUACCUCGAUCAACCGACGUCGGCGCUCCAUGUUGUCUCGCCGGUCAAGGCACACUUCAAAAUGAAUCACUCCUCUGACUGUCUCACUGUGGACAUUCUAUCGAAACCAGGCUCUCUUCGACUCGUCAGUCGAUCCUCAAUUGCGAUUACAUAUGCACAGCUGGACGCUACCGCUACUAUAAACUGCGACCAAUCCUAGCGUGCCACAUCGGCAGGCACCGCAUUCAAGUUGUUGCGUAAGAAAGGAAACUUGAAAGCAGUGAGGCGUUCCAUCGACACCCGGUUACAUUGGGGGAAAGAAAAAGGCAAACAUUCAAGAUGAACACCACUGGUGCCUUGUGGUUGCCUGGCUCGCUCGCAUCUUCCACAGCUUAAAUCAAUCACAGACCACUUCUUACUGAUCCCCUCGAUGCACGUACAACGGUAAGGUAUAUAUCUCUCUGAGCUAGAGCUAGACUUGUUCUGCCUCUGUUCUCUAGUCUUUGUCCAGAGAAAUACCUCAUUCCAACUUCUUUAUCGUCAGUGUCCACUGUCCAGUCACCAAGGACUUCAAGGUUCACUCCAUCAGACCUGAGCCAUGCCACUUAUCAGCAAGGACUCUCGACUUUCCAAGAGCGACAUCCAGAACAUCAGGUAUCUUGGUGAACAAGGGGGAUUUAUUCCUCCUGGUGCAGAGCUCAGUUACCCGAACAAUGACGGCCGCGCUCACCGGUCCAAGUGGACCACCGACGACGGCAUAGAGCACGAAGACUACCACAUCACCAUUAUCUGGCGCUAUAACGGUAAGAGGAGGGUUUGUCACGUUCCAGUCGACGAACGUACUUUUGAUAUUGGUAUCCUUGUCUGGUUUGCGGAGCGAAGUGCCUAGAUAGUAGAAAGACGGGAUAUCGAGUUUUGUUGAAGUGAGGAGGCACAGUUCAAGUCAAGAACUUCUUCCAACUCGACUACCGACCAUCAUAAUGACAAUAGUCCUUGAUAUAUCCCAGAUCCACCUGCGGGCCUUCAUCGUUGACCCACAGAUCCAUCUCCCUCGUCCACUCCAGCUGAUGUGUGUGCAUCAGUGCCUUGGCCUCGGCAGACUCGAGCCGCCUAAGAUGCCACAAGAUCGUUUCUGCUAGCCGCAGCUGGGCAGCUGGCUCAGGCUCACCAGUCAAUGAGUCCGCUGGCGACAGGCCCGGGGUCGAGCUUUCGUCCUCUUCGUGCUGCUGCAUUCCUUCCAUCUCUGCAGGUGGCGUCGAAGUGGAGGGCACUCGCACCUUCUUCACCAAGUCACUGAACAACGACGAGGCUGCAUCAGGCUCGUUUCGCUUGCGAAGAAGGUCGGCCAAAGUCAGUCGAAGCCACAUGAGCGUGCGAUUGUUGCUGUCUCUUCCCAGCUCCGUGGACUCAUGCAACAGGCCCUCCAUGUGGGAAACUGCUUCGUCUUUGUCCUCUUCGUCAAGCGCCAGCAAUGCCUUCAUGUAGCCGAUUUCACAUUUCCGCUCGAAGCUCUUGUCUGUGACCCAAGGUGCAUCCACGAGCGACAGAAACCCCCUCGCAUCGUCCAAUUUGCCCAAAGUACGAUACGUCAAUGCUAGUUGCAGGAUAGAGUCCGCUACGAUCGCGGCUUCGGUACCGAAUAACCUUUGCCGAACAUGGAUAUUCUCCUCGAGAAGCACCCGGGCCCGGUCAAGGUCCGACCCUCGGCCACGUUUGCGCAAAGCAGCCGCCAGCGAACAUUGCACGUAGGUCGACUUGGAAUUUUCAAUGGUCAAGGUGGACGUCCAGAUCUUGUAGAUGUCGCCAUAUAAAUCGAUGGCCUCGGAGAACUGUCCCAGAGCUUCCAUCGCCCAUCCUCGAAACAUCUGCCCUUUGAGCACCUCAGCGGCCAGUGGACCGAGCGUACGCCAAAGACCCGCUUGAGCCCUUGCUUGAUUCUCUGCCGAUUCUUGGAAUCGCGUCAUGAUGAAUGCGACCACGGCGGCGUAUUGCAAACUCAAGAAUGAGUCGGGCCGCUCCGGACCCAAAAUUUCGAGUUGUCGCUUGGAAAUGUCUAGCAGGAGAUCGUAGCUGUUCUUGUGGUCACCCUGAGCGUAUGCUUCAAUCGCUGCAACAGAUCGAGCCUGGAGUGUCAGGGGAUGGUUGGCACCCAGCAUCUCUGUCAAUCCAGCAGCAACGGUAUGCCUGGUUCCAUAGCUUUCGUCUACACGCCCAGACAAGUUGCAAAACUCACCGAGACGCUUGAGGGCCAGGUACGGCAACAACUUGUCAUCGAAAGUGCGGAAUGAUUCAGCCACUUUGUGAUAUGGCCCAACACAGAAUUGUUGGAGGGGAAUUUGACUCCGCAACCUUGGGGGUAGGAGCGUGACCCAGGAGCGAAGCGCAGACUGUGGGCGCAUCAAGAUGGACAUGUCAUCGGCAGAGUUCAAGGCAUAAAACACCUCUGCCCAGCAGACGAAUUGAUUCGAGGUCAUGAAGUUGCCUAAAUGACGGACAAUGAAAUCUCCAGGCUCGUCCACUUGGCAGAUGUGCAUUUGCCAGUGCUGACAAGCGUACUUGUACAGCACAUCAGUGUGCGGGCCACGUUCAAUAUCCAAUUCCUCCGCACCAUAACCGUCAGGAUGAGCGUGUUUCCGAAUGAACCGUGCGAGGAGGGUCGGUUCACGGUACUGGAUCUCAUUAAGCUUCGCAAGAGUCUUCUUGGCCAAAUAUUCGUUUCCUUCGGAUAACGAGAUCUUCAACGAUGCGUUCUUUGGGGCGGACCGUGUUAGAAAGUCUUUGACAGACAUGUGUACCAUCUCAACAUGGCCAUUAGCCACCCGCACAAGCGGCCAACACAAUUGCUGGAUGGCUUCAAAUGGGUCGAGAAAAAGAUCCUUCUCAUCUAGGGAAGAGGUUUGUGCUUUGUAGGCAACAAAGUGAGAGAGCUCGGUAAGUGACAGUGGCCGUGCAGCAGCAACCACAAUCAGGAAGAUCUCUCGCCUGAGAGCCAAUUCGCUUGCCUCCAACGUCCUAGCGGUGUCCGCAAGAAGCUUCUCGUAGACGUUGUCCAGUCCAAGAGGAAAUGAAGAAAGUGCACGCUCCUGCGCGUUGUGUGUCUUUGCCCGGGCGAGGCAGUCAAUCAUCAUUCUCGCCCAGAGAAACAUACCUUGACAGUCGGAGUCAAUUCUUUGCAGCAGCUUUUCUUUGAUCCCCUGCAGCAGUGGUUGACGAUCGACUUCUUCUUCCACAAACCGUUCAAUGUCGGCAGAAACAACAUCCGGUGUCACAGGAAUACGGAUUGCGUUGCUGAAAGGCUCUUCAAAUUUGCUAUGAUACCUUGAGAGGACGAUUGUGCGUGCAUUGGGUAGUUCAGACAGCCCGUGGAGACACUUCAGUAGAUCAUCGUUGUCGUCUACACCCUGGCACUCAUCGAGAGCAUCAACAAUGAGUGUGAAGGCAGGUAAUUGGGGAAGUAGUGUCUCCAGAAUUGCCCAAAGUCGGAUGAAUGGACAGUCGUGGGGCGUCUUGUAGUGGUCAAACAUUGGGAUGAUCUCUUGAACAUGUCUCGGGAAGUCGGAACUGCUGGUGAUACUCGGUUGUUUCAAGAGCUGUGAAAGAAGUGAGGACACGAGUGGGAUUACAGAGGCUAAAUUCGUGGAAAGCGAACUGCGGAAAAAGUGUGUGAUCGUGAUGGGCGUGGGCGAUUGUUCGGCCAGAAAUUGAGCAAGCAUCGUCUUUCCACACCCUGUAGAUAUCAGCAUGAGAGAGACGUAGGGAUAAUGGCAACAUUUGAGCAUUACCAGGGAUUCCAUAUAUCCAAAGAAGUUGGGAGAAAUGGUUUGCGGUCCACACCUGAUAUUGCUGCGAGUCGAAG